UGUUAAAUCAGCAAGUGCAUCGGCUAUCCUGAGCGACUGAAACCUUUUACUAACUGGAUAAUAAUUUGCUGCUUAAGGAGAUUUACAGUCAGUUGCCUGUUUUUUAAAUGAAGAUGAUCAUUUGUGCUCUUUUGGUGUAAGAAUAUCUGGUGUAAGGAUGGAGCAGCUGGUGACGAGACUUGAUUCUAAUGGUUCCAACAAUAGUUAGUCAGCAAAGCAACUUAGUUACCUGACACCAAACCUAGUCUCUGAAUGUCUCCAGAAAAAAUGUGCAACAUUUAGUGUGGACCUAACUGAAAAUAAAAUGCAGGCAGAGAAGAAAAAGCAGGGCAAAUUCCAGCCAUUCAGGAAGCUGUUCGGUAAAAAAAGGAAGGUGCCGUCAACAUUUGCCGCAGAAGUAAAUCUGAAAUCCAGUCACUCAUCUGGGGAUGUUCGAAAUGGCAUUGUGUCAGCUAAUGAGGAGUCAGAAGAUGAAUUAAGGGCCGCUAGCAUCAGCACAGGAACCAGGGCGUUGUCCCACGACAGUAUAUUUAUCCCAGGGGGUUCAGCAUCCAACAGAACAACGGAACAAGUGACAUCACCGGAAAACAUCCCGGGAAAAAUUCGAACCCUUCAGAAUCAUUUAGAAAGGAAUAUUAAAUUUGGUCGACCACCGCAGACUCUUACCGUGCAAAAAAUGGAAAGUACCCGAUCCAAUUCAGAAGUUGAUGGGUUUUCCAGAAGUCCAUUAGAAGAAUGCACCCAAGAGGAAAUCCAAUUACCUGCUUCAAGACUCACGUCUCAUGACCUGCCCAACAAGCAAAGCUCGAGUUUAGGUGAAGCAGGUGGUGAAGCUGAAGAACAGAUUCCACAGGCUCGACUUUCAAGGCCCACCAGCUCUCUGCCUUCAUCAAGUUCUGGGGGAACGAUUGAAUCGAUCAAUCUUGAUGCAGUCCCACAGUCAAUGAACCGCCUCGACAAUACUGCAGCCCGGCAUAAACUUUCUGUCAAGCCACGGAAUCAAAGGGUGUCGAAGAAACAUGGGAAACUGGCACUGGAUCUGCACAAAGUGACUAUCCACGAGUUUAAAUAUGAGCAAGAAGAGGUGCAGAUUCAUGUGGAGAAUGGACAAAACCGUUAUAAACCAGUAGAAGGAAAUAAAAGGGAAGAAAAAAGGCAUCAUAAGGAUGAGCAACAAAUAUAUAGAGAGGAGGCCGAGAAGCAUAAAUGGCAGGAAAACGAUCAAACACAAUAUGAAUUAGCAGAACACGAGGGUCGGGAAGAUGGCCAAAAUGAGGAAGCUCAAAGAACACAAGAACAAGGACAGAGAAGUCAUGAACUGGAGGAGCAAAACUCACAGGAGGAAGAGCACAGACAAAGAGAAAUAGAGGAGCAAAAGGUACGAGAGGAGAAACAGAGACAAAGAGAAUUAGACGAGCAAAAGGUACGAGAGGAAGAGAUGAGACAACGAGAAUUAAAGGAGCAACAAUUACGAGAGGAGGAACAGAGGCAACGAGAAUUAGAGGAGCAAAAAGUACGAGAGGAAGAGGAGAGACAGCGGGAAUUAGAGAAGCAAAAAGUACGAGAGGAGGAACAGAGGCAACGAGAAUUAGAGGAGCAAAAAGUACGAGAGGAAGAGGAGAGACAGCGGGAAUUAGAGGAGCAACAAAUACAAGAGGAGGAACAGAGACAACGAGAAUUAAAGGAGCAACAAGUACGAGAGGAGGAGGAGGAGAGACAGCGGGAAUUAGAGGAGCAAAUAAUUCAAGAGGAAAGGCAAAGACGAGAAGUUGAGGAGCAAAAAGAUCGAGAGGAAGAACAGAGGCUUUGCAAUGAAGAGAAACAAAAUAGGAUUGUGGAUUUGAAAAUGGAUAAAGAAGAAAGAUGUUUGGAGACGAAAGAGAUGAAUCAAAGGCAGGAGAAAGCGUUCUUUCAUUUCAGUGCUGAUGAAAACAAACAAUCUGAUGAAGUAACACAAAGAAAAGAUUUGGAAAUGCAAAGACAGCAGAAACUAAAAAAGCUGACUGAUUUGGAGAAUCCACAAAGGGAAGAUGAAGAGAGGAAAAAGGACGAUAAAGUAUUAAAUGAAGAGGACCAACAAUUUCUUGAAGCACAAGCAGAGGAACAACGUAGAGAGGAACUUAGAUGGAAGGAACUGGAUCAAAGACAAACUACGUCACAGCCAUUUUCAUUCCAAGUUGCUUCAGGAGAUAAACAAAUUAUUUUCCCAAAAGUUAAUCUGGCCCCUGUGACACAUCCAAGAGAAACAGUGACUUCUUUAGAUACUCAUGUCCUACAGUCUUCCCCAAAGUCACAUAGAGGUCUCUCCUCCUCAAGUUACGUCCCUCACACAGCCAUUCUGGUCACCGGAGCUCAACUUUGUGGCACUGCUGUUGAUCUGAAACAGAUUAAAGAUAGCGCCUGCAAGUCUUUGCUCGGUUUUUCAGACAAGAAAAAAUCAGCUGAUUUUCCAUUUGUUGAAAGAACAGGCAAGUCAAGUCCUGAUAUGAGAAGUAGAAUUGGAAAGUCAAAAUUCAAUCCAGGACAAUCACUCGACCAGUCAAGGGCUUUAAUCGAGUGGGCUGCUAUUAGGGCCAAAAUUCUUAAAAGUUCUAAUGAAAGGUUGCAAGAAAAGGAAAGAAGGGUUCAUAGUAGAUUUAGUGAUGACUGGACUACGUUCAAAGUUUCCAGCAUGCAUGGCAAUUUGAGAAAAACACUAUCCGCUAAUGCCAAAUUUUCAAUAACACCUGCAUGGCAGAAAUGGGCAGAUGGCAGUAAAGCCAAUGAUAGUGACAAAGGAAAUAUUUCUCAUGAGAAAGUGAAGCAAAAUGUACCCGAUGAAGAUGUGUCUGUGGCUAAUUCCAUGAUGGAUUUUUCUGAAUCUAGCAAGUCUUUGACAUCUGGAGACAUUGUACAGGACGUAACUAAAGACAUAAAAGAUGAUUUACACUCGGAAGCUCACAUGAGGAAAGCAGAUGCUGCGGAAGGCUGUAAGUUUGCCAAAGAUCUUCCAUCGUUUUUAGUUCCAGGUCUUCCUGCAACACCAAGGAAAGAACAUAUGCUGCCACAAGCUCAGGCGCCCCUUGAUAACCGAGCCGUUUCAAACAUGAUCCCGCAGACUGAGGGGAUGAUGGAUACAUCACCAUUCGGUAUAAAAUUACGAAGGACCCACUAUUCCCUUCGGUUCCAUUAUGAGCAACAAGGAGAACAAAAAAGGAAGAAGAGAUACAGUGCCGGAGAUGGUAUGGAAGGAAUUCCAGCCUUCCUUGCUGCAAAAACGAAAGAGGGUGAAUCAUGCACUGUUUCUGGUAAGCAAAGCUCUUGUACCAAGAAUAAUAAGAAUAGUAACAUUUUGAAAAACAGAUUAAGUAGUAUGUCAGACAUUUCACACUCUGGGAUUACAUAUCUAAGUAGUGUUGAUGUGGCAAAACAUAUUCAAAGUAAGCUCGCUGCACUUUCAAAUGAGAAACAUUCAUCAAGAUCACAAACAUCUCAAAGACCAGCUUUAGCACCCAAGCCUACACUGUUCACUGCACCUCCAUCCCUGCCCAUUAUCUUAAACAAAACAGACUUCAUUGACAUUGCAGAUCACAAAAACACAAAGACUUCACUUGAUUCAGAUGUGACAAAAGAAGAUGUGAAGAAUGGCACCUCAAUGCAAACAUGCAGAUUAAAGAACGAAGACAAAACAAAAGAUCAAAAUUCUCUUUUCCCGUCCAUCAACCUUCCCUGGAGGGAGAGGGCAGACAAAAAAACAGUCUCCAUUACGAAAGAAAAACCAAUUCUUCAGAGCAGACAUUCCCUUGACGGUUCAAGGCUUGUGGACAAGGUGGAAACUGCCCAACCGCUGUGGAUUACGCUGGCAAUGCAGAAGCAGCAAGGAUUUUAUGAACAGCAGGAGACCAGAGAGGAGAGAAGGCAGGCCAGAGAAGCCAAAACAGCUGAAAAACGAACAAAAGAAAACAUAAUAGUCUCCAGUUGUGCAGGCAGCCAUUAUGUCAGUGGACUGAAGAAAUCGCCGCAUGUUGACGAAAAGAAGAUUGGGACCAAUGUUGUAUCAAGGGUGGAACGCCGUGAACAUCUAAAAAAAUCUGCCACGCUUCCAAAUUCUGUCACAGUUGAAAUUUGUGAUCCAGUAACUUCAAUUCCGCCAGUAAAGGAGUUGCCGAAGAGAUUCUCAACUCCUGAUGCUGCACCAGUGUCGGUGGAACCUGCCUGGUUAGCCCUUGCCAAGAGGAAAGCUAAAGCUUGGAGCGACUGUCCUCAGAUAAUCAAAUGACCCCAAAUGAUUUGGGAACUGCCACCGCUUCUUGUAUAUCCUCACUAAAUAAACAGUGCUAAAGUGUUUUGUUUUUUUGCGGAUAAACUAAUUUAAAAAAAAUCACUGCAUGUGCUGCAGACAUCCUUCUCAGCAAAUCAAGAAAGCAAAUAAUGUGUAGGAUGUAAAUGUAUAUUUUCAUUCACAGGCUCUGUAGUCUUUUCCAAUAUAUAGUUUAAAUAUGAAUAUGAAGGAAUUGCAGUUGCCACUGUAUAUACUUAACUGUUGUGCUCUUCAUAUGUUUAUAAGUUAUUGUUAACUCCAGCUGCUUCCACUUUACAUCCAAAUUUUCUUUAAAAAGUGGUAAACAAAUAUCUUCCUUUUGCUCUCAAAUUUCUCUGAUUUGUAAUACUGCAUCGUAUAAAGAGGAUUAAUGCAAUAUGAAGUAUUUUAAUCAUUAUAAAUUAAACAAUUUUAUCGUUACCUGAAUUACAUUUAAAUUCUGGCAAUUUUGUACAUUCCUGUGAGUACACAUUACAACAUUUUCGGAAAUAUUAACUGGUUAAUGUAUUCAAUAUUUAAAAUAUUCUUCAAAAAUUAAAAUGACAAGUUAAAAAUAUCAAGAUAAAUAUUGAAACAAAUUAUAUACAAUUAUGUAAAUUAAUCGACUCCUGUACUUCAUUAUCAUUUUUAAUUUUCACCUUUCCUGUUGAACAAAUUAUGAAUGUGGAUUUUAAAGCAAAUGAUAUUUGCUGCAUUGAAUGUGAUUGUUGGAUGUCUCCAUUGUAAAUUGUAUUUUCAGUACUGCAUCUGUUUGUGGAUCUUCCCUGAACCUCAGUGGUGGUCCAUCACUUUAAAUCUGCCUCCAACAGUAUAAGCACGUUUUAUUUUGUACAAUCUGUGGAACAGUAUCAUCAUUAAAGUGGGUGAUGACUGGAGAAUAAAUUACUGGAGAUACAAGAGACUGCCGAUGCUGGAAUCGUGUGCCUGACCUCCUGAGUUUCAGCAGCAGUUUUUUUCUUCUUCUCGAGAAUAAAUUACUGCUGCGCUUGUACAGGAAUUGAGGGAAUCCUGUUACAGUGGACUGAUGAGAGAACUAAAUCAAUAUCCAGCACUCAUACAUCCUUACACUCUUUAUUUAAGAAAGAACUGCAGAUGCUGGAAAAUCGAAGGUAGACAAAAGUGCUGGAGAAACUCAGCGGGUGCAGUUACUCCAGCACUUUUGUCUACCUUACACUCUUUAUGUCAUCCUUCAAGGACAAAGCAAAGGUGUAUCUUGAAGAGAACUAAAUUACUUUCCACAUUUUAGCACUUGUAAUUGCAUUUCCCUUUCUCUGUAGCUACAGGUUACUCCCUGUGUUAUGGAAGUUUGGGUAAUGGAAAGUCACCUGUAUGGAAUUCAUAAAUCACAAAAAAAUCUGGGUUUGCGGAAAAUAGAUUUGCCCGUACAUUUUUUUCAAAUCUUUUUCCUUGAUAAGGCUUUCCAGUUGAGAAAAUUGUGACGGAGCAUUUUAUAUGAAUGUAAAUCUCAUUAUACCUGUAAUAUUGUUCUAAUUCCUCAACCUCUUUCUCUCCUUUAUUAUCUUUCCCCUAACUUUAUAUUUUUAUUUCCUCUUUCCUCUUUCCUCUUCAUAAUUAUUUCCUCUCUAUGGUUUCCAGUUCUUCUUUCCAAUUCUUCUCAAGUUUCUCUCCUCUUCAACUGAAUUGCAAAUUAUAUACUGAGUACCUUCAGUGUCUGCACUGUUUCAUUAUUUAAAAAUCCUUUACAUUUUUUCCUCUUCUCUCAGUGAAUAUCUAACUUUAAAUCCUUAUUAUUCAUAUUUCACAAAUGAAGUUUCUUAAACUGACUAUAGCUAGGCGGAUUUUUUAGAAUUUUUAAUGAUAUAAACGUCUACGGCGAUUUUAGCACUAACACAGUUAUACUAUCCCUUCAGUCACUGGGGUCCAAAGUACAAGUAUUCGGAAAUUCAAAACACAUUAUCUUGAUGCUAAAUUUGCAUUGCUGUAAGCAUAACGUAAAAAUAAAAAUAGUCAUAAAGUAAGAGACAUAGAAAAAAAUAAAAUUACAAUGAUCAAAACCUCUGAACUAUUGUCAU